AUGGAUCUCCAAAGCCUCCUCAUAUCCAGAAAUAUGUUUCACAAUGUUCCUUUCAUUUCCUUCUUCUUCUUUACCACCUCAUUGGUUGAAUCUCUAUCCGUGAACUCAAAAUACAGUGCCUGUGGGCCUCAAAACUGCGGUAAUGGACCGAAUAUAAGCUACCCUUUUUGGAUUCCUCAGCAACAAGAAUCAAACUGUGGCUCCCCAGGAUUCAAUGUCACUUGUAAAGGCAAUUAUCCGACCCGCAUAUUUUCUGAUGAUGAUUACAUCAUCAAGGAUAUAUUUUACACAAACAACUCGCUUCUGUUAGUGAAAGCUGAGUUCUAUGAUGGGGAUAAUGAAUGCCCACUCCCUAAGCGCAAUUUUAGCAUAGAAAAGACUCCUUUUAACUAUGGUCCUGCCACCAUGAAUCUCUCCUUCUUCUACAAUUGCACCGUGCCCUAUGAAAAUGCGACGUAUGCAGUUGAUUGUGGCAGCAACGCUACUCAUCACGCUUUUGCUGUUUUCCAUGCUGAUCUCUUGAGGUACCGGAAUUAUUCAGCAGAGUCAUGCCAAGAUUAUGUUAAUGCACCUGUGGAGACUGAUGAUCUUAGCAGACUGUUGGAUAUAAAUUUCACUGGUAUUUUGAAGAAGGGGUUUGUUUUGCAAUGGGAUGCAGUUGAUUGUAGGAACUGCCGGAGCAGUGGUGGGAGUUGUGAUUCUGACAAUAAGAAAUUCACCUGUAACCAUGAUAAGGGAUUGAAUUUAGGACUGAAGAUUGGCAUAGGUUUUGGUGCAGCGACAAUCAGUGCCCUUUUCAUGUGCCUUCUUUUCUUGAUCUAUCAGCGUCGAAACAAGAAACGUUAUGCUGCUGCCUCAUUUAACUCUCGAGACAUUUCUUUGCAUCCCUCUUCGAUUACUGAUCUUGAAAAGGAUGGUAACUAUUUUGGGGUACACAUUUUCACCUAUAGAGAACUAGAAGAAGCCACUAACAAUUUCGAUUCUAAAAAAGAACUCGGAGAUGGGGGCUUGGGACAGUUUACCAAGGCAAACUCCGAGAUGGGCGUGCUGUUGCUGUUAAGCGAUU